GGCCCGCUUCGUAUUAUUUAAUUUUGCUUGUUUAGUGGAAGCUUUUGUAAAAUUAUAAUCUCACAGAUCAGUGUCUUUAACCACCAUUUUCAGAACGAUCCAGAAGAUUUCAUUGAGAAUAGCGAUGAGCCACCGUGCAUAUUACGCUGUGAAUAAAGGACACCGGCGAGAAGCUAUCAACUUUGUCAAUCAAGGACAUGCAGUACCUAUCAUAAAACCUGAACCACUGAGCACCUCAUCUCUUCUAUAUGAAGAAAGAAAACUUGAGCCGGUCAAGCGUUCACCUACUGAAAAACCGAAAACAACAACUAUCAAUUCCACAUAUGAAUUACUGGGUAAAAAACGAUUACAUGAGGAAGUUGAAGGCGAGAUAAUAAGUGAUGAUGAUGGCCAUAAAUCAAAACACCCAGCAAAAACAUUAGAGGAGAUAACAAUAGUCUAUACAGAUGGCGCCUCCUCGUCUAAUGGACAAGCAGCAGUUAUUCAUGCAUUGCAGCAAGAUAUACAAGGAACAAAUACUUUAGAAAUUAGAACAGACUCUAUGUAUGUGAUAAAGGCUGUGACAGAGUGGUGUAAAAACUGGGUUAAGAAUAAUUGGAAAUCAUCCACUGGUAAAGAAGUGCAAAAUCGAGAUUUACUGGAGCAAAUUAUAAAGUUAGUAGAAAAAAGGAAGGGUAAGGUAAAAUUUGUCCAUGUUCGAGGACACCAAGGUAUUGAAGGCAAUGAAAUGGCAGAUAAACUAGCUGUUGCAGGUGCUCAAAAAAGCUUGUAAAAAAAUAAAAAAGUCUAUUUAUUAUGCCUAAAUCGAAAGCGGAACCUUAA